AAGUCUGUAGUAGAUUAUACUAAAGGCUUACCCUUAGCUCUUACGAUCUUGGGUUCUUUUCUCUACAAACGAGGCAUAACUGAGUGGAGAAGCGCAUUGGAUAGACUCAAAGAUACUGGAUACGAAGAAGUCAUUACGCAGCUCAGCUUAAGUGUAGAUGGAUUGGCCUAUGAAGACAAGAAUAUAUUUCUUGAUAUUGCAUGCUUCUUCAGGGGGAAACGGAGAGAUGACGUGAUAACAAUACUAAAUAGUUUUGGUUUCAAAUCAGAGAUUGGAAUGGAUGUCCUUACUAAAAAGUCACUUGUUUAUAUCUCGGAAGGAAGGGUUGAGAUGCAUGAUUUGAUAGAACAAAUGGGUCAGCAAGUGGCACGUGAUGUUGAUCAGGACAGACCAUGGAAUCAUAGUCGAAUAUGGCAUGAAAAAGAUAUAGAAACUGUUUUUUCCACAAAUCAGUGGACAGAGUCGGUUAGAGGCAUAAUGGUUCCAAUUGGCUCAGACCAAUUUAUAUGCAAGUGGAGCAAAGCUUUCAGAAAUAUGCCUUGUCUUAGGUUACUCAUUGUCAAAGGGGAGGAGUGUUGGGAAUAAAAUAAACCCGCAAAAAUAAUAUUCACGGUAUUAGUGAUAAACGCGGAACACUAAGUUAUGGUUAAAUCAGCAAGAAUAAAUGCAGCAAUAAUGACACCAAGAUUUUACGUGGAAACUCUUCUGAAUAAGGGAAAAACCACGGCCAAGAGGAGCAGCUGAUAUCACUAUAGUAAGGAAUUUUACACUGUGUAGUUACGAGUAUAAAUACUCCAAAGACCACUACACACUCAAAAAAGAAAAACACUCCUUUGAUUUUUCCCACCUCACUACAAUAUCACUCACACUCUAUUUUUCUUCACAGACUAUUUUCUUACAGUCUAUGGAAUACCUCACUUUGCUCUCACUCAGAUGUAU